CUCUUAUCUUAUUUUCCAGUGACGGAUGAUGGCAAAAAGAUCAUACCACCCACCAAACCAAUGUCAUGCGCAAAAUCUUGGCUGCAAGAGCAAACGCGAAAAACAUUCAAAAAGAAGAUUUUACACAAACGAAUACCCAUCUUAAGGUGGCUGCCCAAAUAUAAUAGCGAGGAUGCGGUUGGCGAUUUAGUGGCUGGCAUAACAGUUGGCUUAACUGUUAUACCACAAGCCUUGGCAUACUCCGGUAUAGCCGGUUUGCCAGCAGCGUACGGUCUCUAUGGUUCCUUUUUGGGUUGUUUCGUUUACAUAUUCCUGGGCAGUUGUAAAGAUGUUCCCGUUGGCCCCUCAGCCAUUGUGGCGUUGUUAACAUUUCAAGUCGCCCAAGGCUCAUGGCAAAAAUCUGUCCUUUUGUGUUUAAUGUGUGGCAUUGUUGAAAUGUUAAUGGGCCUUUUUGGUCUUGGAUUUCUAAUAGAUUUUGUCUCCGGGCCUGUAUCCUCUGGUUUUACAUCGGCUGUAUCGUUAAUCAUUUUAACAUCGCAGGUGAAAAAUAUCCUCGGUAUAUCAGCCAAAGGUACAACAUUUGUAGAAAUCUGGACAGAAAUAAUACAUAACAUUAAGGAUGUUCGGGCUUCGGAUACGAUAUUGGGCAUUACCUGUAUUGUUGUGCUGCUUAUUAUGAGGCUCUUACCAUCCUGUAAAAUUGGCCCCAAAGAGCCGCACUUACGCACCAAGGCACAAAAUGUGAUUAACAAAAUAAUUUGGAUUGUUGGUACAUCACGCAAUGCUAUUUUGGUUAUCGUAUGUUGUAUUAUGGGUGUCCUACUGCACACGUAUAACGAGGGAACACCUUUCAAAGUUAUUGGUUAUAUACCACAAGGUCUGCCUAGUUUCGCGCUGCCACCUACCCACCUCAGUGUCAAUGAAACUCUAAGUGGAAAAGAGGAGUCAUUUGUUGAUAUGAUGCGCAGCAUGGGUUCGGGAUUAAUUGUGAUACCAUUGAUAUCGUUGAUGGAAAAUAUUGCCAUUUGCAAGGCUUUUGGUGAGUUUUGGGAAGAAGAAUGA